AUGGCGAUGAACCCAGAACGAGAACGAAUGCUCAAAGAGAAUGCUGACAAAGAAUUUGAACCUCUCAAUCCGCUACCUGUAAAAUGCAUUCGCAUCACUGGCGCAAAUGUACUUGCCCUCCAAGAUCCGAGUGCUGGACAAACCCAGUCAGAUUCUCCCAAGGUCAAUAAAACAGUGGCCAAAGUAUCAAGAAAACGAUCUUAUGAUUCGUUCGAACAACAGAGCGUGGUAGAUUCUGCGUACGAUCAACGGCUGAAACGCAGACUGCCGCCUCAGUUGCCUCCUCCACCACCCUCCAACAACCACACGGCAUAUCUUGCAAGCGUCCUCCGAAAUUGGACGUUGAAGCUUACGCUGGAACCGACAGCGACCAAAAAGGCUGCCCCAGUAGCAGCAACACAUCUGAGGCAGACGACGAGCGUGGGAUUGCUGGUGACGGAACAAAUAAGACGGCUUAAUGCAAUACCAGUGCUGCGGUUGCCUACGUUAGAGCAAGUCGAGAAGCUCCAUUCUAUGUCUCCGGGUCCCCUUGAACGAGUGGCACAUGGCUCGCUGCUGGAAGACGUCUACAUGCCAAAUAAAAACAUACAGUUGGGAUCCGUUUCCUCGGGAGGUUACUCUCUCCUCCUAGAUAAGCAUCAAAAAAGUACCUACUGGGCCGUGCGAUCAAGUCCGACUUCUCGCACAUUUGUUGCUUUUCUCACAUCAUCGUUUUACACCACCGUUCCUGGCCCGGUGGCCGCUACGCUUGCUGAUCAACUACGGCCACAUCCCAUUGUUAUGUCACACGGCGACAUUUGUCCCAAGAACAUCAUUGUUGACAAUUACAAAAUUAUCGCCAUUCUAGGUUGGGACUGUGCAGGAUGGUACCCUGAUUGGUGGGAGUAUGCCAAAUUCUUCGAGGCCCGUACCAGUGACAAGAACUCGGACUGGUAUGAGUAUGCCGGCGAGAUAUUUAAUACGGAGUUCCCUGCCGAGCUGGCAGCAUACCAGGGAGUUGUUCGCUGCCAAACACCCUAA